AUGGAUAUAUCGAUAUUGCCGCCUUUAAGGGACCUUUUUGAGGAAGAGGAAGACGAAUACAAUAAUAAUGAUUUAGAGGUAGAUUAUUAUGAAUAUUCCGGUGUUAAUUAUAAGGAGGAAGAGGAAGAGGAGGAGGAUAAGGAGGUGGGGGACAAGGAGGAAGAGGAAGAGGGGGCUAACCACAAUAGGUACUAUAAAGACGAGAUUGAAUAUAGCGAUGAAUACAAUAAUGACUAUAGGGAAGAGGAGAGGUAUAUCGGAUAUACCGACACAGAAAAUAAGGACGGGUACGAUAAAAGAGAAGGUAAAUAUAGCGAAGAUAGGAUCGACCAAGAAAGUCUAGAUCAUGAUUCUAUUAAUAAAGGCCUAGAAUUUGCCUACCACACAGAGCGUGAGCUAGAGUGUGUCGAUAUUAGUUUGAUUAGAUACCGAGCACAAAAUCAUUAUGGCCUUCUUUUGACCUCGGGGUUCAUCCUAGGUUGGCGAAAGACUAAGCUAGCAGGUCUAGUUGUAGUUAUAGGGUAUGAGUGUCGUGGUAGGCGGACUGCCCGUGUGAAGCAGUACAAGGAUCUAAAUAAUAGGCAGGAGUCUAUGCUGAAGGACCGCUCUUUAUCAAUUCUCGGGGUUGGCUUAAUAGCUUGGGAAGUAGACUCAAAGUCUUUGUUCGAACCAACGAAGUCUCUGUACCCGACUCUAAACGGGAUAUAUCCGACUAUAUUUAUUACAGAGUCUCGCGAGGAUUUCUACUCUUUGGUGGGGGACCUUAGCCAGUUUGAAGUCGAUAUCCUCCUAUACUUUAUGGAAGGAGACUAUCUUAAGGCUAUGACUAGGAAAAGACCGAUAUUCCCAGUUAUCGCAAGUACCUGA